ACAGUAACCAUUUUCAUAUUUGAGUAACAUUUGGAAAAUAUCGAAUUGUCUCCAUAUACAUGUGUUGUUCAGUUUUACUUGAUGCAUAUUACUGUAUAUUGUAUUUAGUUAAUAUGCUCAGGUUAUCAACAAGCGAAAAAUAAUGUUUUGAGUGGAGAACACACCAGAAUGUUUCAAUUCAAUAAGAAACAAUUUUUGAAUAUUCAAUUAUACCAAAAUGUAUUGCACCAAAGAAAAUAUUAUGAUAUACAUCCAGGUUUCCAACGUAAAGUUUUUUUGCCGAACCCAGAAAAACACAAUUGUGAAAUACCUAAACGGAAACCUUCUGCCCCUUGUGUUGAAAAAUCUUACAGUAAGCGUGUAAAUAAAUUGAAUAUACAAAUGCUGUCAAAGGCUAUUUAUGAACAAGUUUUCAUUGAAGGAUAUAAAGAAACAGGUAAUUCUGGCAUUUUGGAACAGUGUUUGAAGGAACUUGAAAAACAUGGAAUACGUGGUCAGGACAGUGAGAUUCAACAAGAUGUAGAUUUUAAAAUUCCUCCGUUGAAGGGUCAGAAUAUUGAAGAGCAUUUUGAAAUCAUUGGAGAGGAGCAAGUAAAACCUUAUCGAGAUUUAUUGCUUCACUUACUGGAAUUCAUUCCACCUCGUCCAAAGUCAUGGGUGAUGCUGCCUGGAUGGACUAGAUAUGUUCCCGAAUGUGAACCACAACAGGUCCCGCAUCCUUUAGAAGAGGCAUUCAUCUUUGAUGUGGAGGUUUGUGUGAAGGCAGGUAAAUUACCAACUCUAGCCACUGCUGUCAGCGGAAAAGCCUGGUAUAGUUGGGUCAGUCCCUCAGUGAUUGAGGGAGCUAGCAAGCCAGUCACUAGUCACCAGUAUCCAAUAACGUCACUCAUUCCUUUAGAAAGUGACCCUGAAGAUGAUGGAAUUGAAUUAACUGAGCAUCAGAAGAAACCAAAAGUCGUUAUAGGCCAUAAUGUGUCUUAUGAUCGGGCUCGCAUAAAAGAACAGUAUUGGAUAAAUAAAACAGGGACGAGGUUCGUAGAUACGAUGAGCCUGCACGUUUGCGUAGGGGGACUAACGAGUUAUCAGAGAGCUGUUAUCAAAUCUGAUAAAUUCGAUGAGGAAGAUGAACUGUGGAGAGAAUGCAGUUCUUUGAACAAUUUGGUGGAUGUUUAUAAGUUGUAUUGCGGGAAGAAACUUAAGAAGGAGACUAGGAAUAUUUUUGUUGAAGGAACAAUUCGAGAUGUGAAGGAUAACUUUCAAGAGGUGAUGCAGUACUGCUCUAUGGAUGUUGAAGCUACCCAUUCUAUAUUGGAAAAACUGUUUCCUUUAUUUUCUGAAAGGUUUCCUCAUCCAGUGACACUCGCUGGUAUGUUAGAGCUGAGUACUGCAUAUUUACCGAUAAAUGCCAACUGGACGAGAUACAUAGAAGAAUCUGAACAAGCCUACGAAGAUCUGGAAAGUGAAAGUAAAAUCCUGUUGGCACGUAAGGCAGACCAAGCCAGUCAGCUGCUACACGAAGACAAGUACAAAGAGGAUCUUUGGAUGUGGGAUCAGGAUUGGACUAUCAAAAACAUCAAAUUAAAAAGUGCGACUUUGAAGAACAGUCAAGCUGGGAAGAAGACGCGAGCAUCUCAAAAGUCAACUGUAGAAAAUGAAAAAAAAAGAAGCAGUGAGGAAGAACCGGACCCUCUAGAAGAAAAGUUUCGCUCCCUGUGGAACACCAAAUCUAGCCUGUCUUCGAUUCAACCAUUGCUGCCAGGCUACCCUAAUUGGUAUCGCAAACUCUGUUCUAAACCUAAUUCGACCCCACUAUGGGUUCCUGGUCCACAUUUGAUAAGUACUUCGAUGAAAAUAACGCCAAAACUGUUGUGUCUGACGUGGGAGGGCUAUCCCUUGCAUCAUUUGCGAGAAUUAGGAUGGGGCUUUCUUGUUCCUUUUACGGACGAUGUUGACAUUGAACGUAAAAUACCGCUUAGCAAACUUCUUGCAAAAUGUCCGCUUCUGGUAAACAAAGAUGGAAGUAGCACAUUUGAUGCCUUUAAUCAAAUAUCGAAUCAAGUUCAGGAACAUUUGAUGAAGAAAGAAUACUAUGCUAGGCUGAAGCAGAAUAAAACCAAAGGUGCUUACAAGGGGACAGGAGUUUGGUGUAACACGGAAAUUGAGGACUGCUGCUGGUUUUUCAAGUUGCCACACAAAGACGGAACAUCUUAUAAUGUCGGAAAUCCCCUGGCUAAGGAUUUCUUGAACAAGUUUUCAGAGAAUGUUUUAGCUGGAGAUACGGAGGGCGCUGAGCAAGUUCUAGAAAUAGCGAGAAAGUUGUCGUAUUGGAGAAACAACAGGGAUAGAAUAAUGGAUCAGAUGGUAGUGUGGUUAUCAGAGCAGAAUUUGCCUAAAACGUUACACAAUAAAGGUUACGUAUAUGGCGCUAUCAUACCCCAAGUGGUAGUAUGCGGCACCCUUACGAGAAGAGCAGUUGAACCCACCUGGAUGACAGCGUCCAACGCCCAUCCCGAACGAGUUGGAUCCGAACUUCGAGCCAUGGUCCAAGCUCCUCCAGGCUACCAUAUAGUAGGAGCCGACGUAGACUCCCAAGAACUUUGGAUAGCCUCCGUCAUAGGAGACGCACACCGAGCCAAAGUCCAUGGAGCGACGCCGUUUGGUUGGAUGACGCUGAGUGGCAACAAAGCUGCCGGAACGGAUAUGCACAGCGUCACCGCCAAAGCUGUAGGCAUAAGCAGAGACCACGCCAAGGUGAUAAAUUAUGCGAGGAUAUACGGGGCGGGGCAGAACUUCGCCGAGCGACUCCUGAAACAGUUCAAUCCUACCAUGUCCGAGGCGGAAGCCAGGAACAAGGCUCUGAAAAUGUUUGCUUUGACCAAGGGGAAGAAAAUAUACCACCUGAAAUCGGAUUACUUGCACGAGUUUGCUGACUUACACUACAACAAAUGGCAAGCUUUCGAUGUUGCCAAAGUUAGUGGGAAAUCCGUAAACGAAAUGUUUCACCAGUCGCGCUGGAUAGGCGGCUCUGAAUCCGCGAUGUUCAACAGAUUGGAAGAUAUCGCUAACAGCGAAGCUCCCUGUACACCUUUUCUGAAUGGACGACUUAGUAGAGCCUUGGAGCCACGUUCACAGGUGGAGGACCGGUACUUGCCAACGCGAAUCAACUGGGUGGUCCAGAGCGGAGCCGCGGACUUUUUGCACCUCAUGCUGGUCUGCAUGAGGUGGAUCAUGAAGGAUAAGGCUCGAUUCUGCCUCAGUUUUCACGACGAAGUUAGGUACAUGGUACCGGAUGAGUACAGAUACCAAGUAGCUUUGGCUCUCCAUGUGACAAACCUUCUGACGAGAUCUUUCUGUUCAUAUCGGCUCGGUCUGAGAGACUUGCCUCAGUCAGUGGCGUUUUUUUCCGCUGUGGAAGUGGACAAGGUGUUGAGGAAGGAUUCUAAACAGGAUUGCGUUACGCCAUCUAAUCCGCAUGGACUCAGUAAGGGGUACGGUAUUUGUAACGGAGAAGAGCUUAAUAUUCAUGAAGCGAUUAAGAAGGCCGGAGGGCAAUUUGCUUGUUGGCAUGGCAGCCGGUUUGAUGAAGAAAGAAAAAAUGUCAAAAGCAACAAAAAGAAAGCACGUUUUUCUAGAAGUUCUACAAGAUGACCUCCGUCCGCCAAACGAAAAUGAGCAAAUCGUAAGAGUCAUCAGCAGUAAGGGAAACAAUUUACAUGAAGUAGAAGCCAUCGAUAAAACCAUAUUUCUCGCAUCAAUGCCAACCAAAUUCCGUAAAAAUGUUUGGAUAAAAAGAGGGGACUUUGUAUUGGUGCAACCUAUCGAAGAAGGUGACAAAGUCAAAGCUGAGAUGGUCAGGAUUUUAACUAAAGAGCAUAUAAAACAGUUUAAAAAGGACAAUGUGUGGCCAAAAGAGUUUGACAACAGUGAUAAAAAA